AUGACAUCGAUAUCCGCCACCGACGCCGCCGACGCCGCCGUCGCCGCCGAAACCGCCGUCACCACCAACAACACCACCACCAACAACACCACCACCAACAACAACACCACCACCACCACCACCACCAACACCAACACAAUGCAGCAGCCGCAGCUGCAGCCCGCGCCGGGCCACCGAGCCAGCGCGAACGAAUCUCUGCAAGAGCCCUGCGUGAACAGCCGGGGCUGGCGCAAGAUUGUGCGCAACUUUACGCCGUCAUGGUUCGCAGUCAACAUGGGCACCGGCAUCGUCUCGAUCCUCCUCCACAACCUGCCCUACAACGCCUCAUGGCUGCGGUACAUUUCCUACGUCAUCUUUGGCCUCAACGUCGUCCUCUUCACCACUUUUUGCGUCAUGAGCAUCCUCCGCUACGCGCUCUACCCAAAGAUCUGGAGCGCCAUGCUCGCGCACCCGGGGCAGUCCCUCUUCCUGGGCUGCUUCCCCAUGGGCUUUGCCACCAUCAUCAACAUGAUGAUCUUUUCCUGCAGCCAUUGGGGUAGCGGGCUCAUCCACCUCGCCUGGGCGUUUUGGUGGAUCGACUCGCUCCUCUCCAUAGCCACCUGCAUCUCCAUGCCCUUCAUCGUCAUGCACUGGCACCGGCCCGGUCUCGAAAACACUACGGCCGCGCUGCUUCUUCCCGUCGUGCCCACCAUCGUAGCCGCCGCCACCGGCGGCAUCGUCGCCGAGGUGCUUCCGGACCCGGGCCGCGCCUACAUGACCCUCGUCGUCUCCUACGUCCUCUGGGGCAUUGGCGAGUCCCUCUCCGCCUGCGUCCUCGCCCUGUACUUUCACCGUCUCACCGUCCACGACCUGCCCCCACGUGACGUCAUCGUAUCCGUCUUCCUGCCCAUUGGUCCGCUCGGCCAGGGCGGCUUCGGCAUCCAGCAGCUCGGCAAGGUCGCCCUGCGGCGCCUGCCCGAGACCACCGCCUUUGCCCCCGCCGUCGCCGCCGGUUUCGACCCGGCCCGCGCCGCCGAGAUCCUCUACGUCCUCGGGGUCUUCCUCGCCCUCGUCAUGUGGGGGUUCGCCUUGCUCUGGGUCAGCUUUGCCCUUAUCAGCCUCGCUACCACCGCCCGCUUUCCUUUCAACAUGGGCUGGUGGGGUUUCACCUUCCCUCUCGGCGUUUGGGGCACCUGUACCUCUCUUCUCGCCGCCAAUCUCGACAGCCAUUUUUUCAAGGUUGCCACCAUGAUCAUCUCUCUCGCUGUGCUGCUGCUCUGGCUCAUGGUCGGCGCGCGCACCGUGCACUUGGCCCUCAGCGGCGCCAUGUUUGUUGCGCCCUGCCUUAAGACGCUGCAAGAAAAGGAUGCUGUGCCUGCGAGCCAGACCGGAGUCAAAAAGUAG